AUGAAGAAAAAGGCACUCGGAGCAAAUGAACGAGAUGAAUCAAAAUGGCCAAAAUGUCUAUUUUGGAUAGCUAAGUGUGCACGCUUCUGUUCUGGAGAAAGAGCACCGGGAAGCAAAUACUGUAUCAACCAUAUUCAUAUGGACCCAUCGUAUACUCCGCCAAACGACGCCACGUCGAGAAAACGAGUGGUUUGCCCGAUCGAUCCUUCUCAUACGGUAUUCGAAGACAAACUAAGCAAACACAUUAAAAUUUGUAAUAAGUCGAAACAAACACAACAAAAGCAGCAAUGUCCGUAUUACGUCGAGAAUUUCAACUGUGGUUCUGAAGUUCAACACGAAUCGCCGGCCUUCGAUUCCCAAGAAGCCCAGCUCUUCGAGGAGCAGUUGGAGCGAAAGAUUCGUUCUGUGUAUCAUGAGCUCUUUCCCAACGGCAUCCCCAUGCAUGCUCUUCGCCCCGCUUCCUUUGAUCCCUUUAUUGCAGAUAAAGCAGAACGCGGAGCCACACAGGACUCGCUUCGCCAUCUUUAUCAGCAAGUGAGCAUGAUCAGCAACAUGCAAGAGAAAAAUCUCAUCAAUGAGGACUUUGUAUUCGUUGAGUUUGGAGCCGGUAGAGGCAUGCUCAGUCUCGGAAUCGACUUCUGUUUAAACGGCGAAUAUCUGCUCCUGGACAUUUCGCCUGUCCGCUUCAAAGCAGAUCGCUGGCUUCGCCACAAAGAAUCGAAUUUCAGUCGAGUUACGGGGAAUAUUCGCGAUCUUGACCUGAGCAAAAUACCCAUUUUUUCUGUCAAUGGAAACCAGAAGUUUGUGGGAAUCGCGAAGCAUUUGUGUGGCGUUGCGACGGACUACACGAUUCGGUGCGUUUUGAAUGGGAUGCAGAGCGGACUGGAGUGUGUCGGCGUUUGCAUUGCGACAUGUUGUCACCAUCGCUGUCAGUGGCACAGUUUCGUCGGACACGCGUUCUACAAGGCGCUGGGAUUCGAGGAAAAAGAGUGGGAUUUUCUUCGCCGAUUAACGAGCUGGGCGACGAGCACGGUGUGCAUGGAGAGUGGAAUGACGAAAAGACUUGAUCCCGAAUUAGGUCGCAUGUCGAAACGAAUCAUCGAUUAUUGCAGAAGCAAAUUCAUUGAGCAGGAAAUAAACAGCAUUUUGAAAGAGAAAGGAAGAGAAGAUCGCUUUCAUUCCGAACUUGUUUCCUAUUGUGAGGAGAAGGAAAGUGUGGAGAACUGUAUUAUACUGGGAUGGUUAAAUUGCGAUGUUUGUUCCAUUCUUUUCUCUAUGCAGCUCAAGUCAAAUCUGUGGAGCUGUGAAAUUCAAAAAAGCGAAAUCCCAAAGGAAUGUCUUGAGGAAGAGGUAAUUGUGGGAAUUGAUGAGGCAGGAAGAGGACCCGUGGUGGGACCGAUGGUUUAUGCUGCUGCUUACUGGGCAAAGUCAAAGAAUGAGGAAAUCAGCAAUUUAGGGUUUGAUGACUCGAAAAAGUUUACUUCGGGACAGCGAGAUGGGUUCCGAAAGACAAUCGACGAGACAGGUUCUAUUGGCUACCUAAUUCGAUCUCUUUCUCCUAAAGAAAUAUCUGCAAACAUGCUCCAAACGUAUCCAACGCUUGAUUCUGACUAUCGAUAG